UGCAGGCGUAGAGUGUAGAGGUGUAGUGUGUGCUGGUGUGAGCCACGUGUGUGUCCAUUCACUUAAACUUACCUUAACCUGUGAAGUGUUGAUCUGGACUGAAGUUUUGCACCACUGUUUUCAAAUUGAUAUAAUGACAUCGUCAAAGAUUACUCUCGACCACCAUGUGAGCUGAAAUGUCAGAGCUUGGAAAGGCCAACGAGACAAGCAUGGGUCUUCCACGAUCAGGAGGCAGCAGCUGCACCACCGUCACCUCCCAGAACAUCACCUCGACCCCCCCUAACAGCAGUCCCCCUACCACAAACAUCAACAACAAUAACAUCGAGGGUAACGACAAGAACGAUAAGUGCAGCAGUGCUUGCCGGCGCAGUAACUCAACGGGGCCCCGUGGGGAGAAGCGCCCUUGGGACGGCAUUUCUGCUGAGCAAGGCGCCACAGAAGGCGAGCCUCCCAGCAAACUGGUGUGCACUUCACCGCCUCACGCCCUUUGCGCAGAGGAUGUUCCCCAACAACCACAUCAGCCUAUUGUUGAGCGUCUUGGCAAGAAACAGUAUCGCAGCAGCAGCAACAAUAGCGGUAACAACAGCAGUAGCAAGAGUAGCCUCAUGGUGACGGACGACCUGUUACCUGUCGAAGCCACGUGUGGAGUGUCCGACGAGAGCGACACGGAUGCUGAGAUCGAAGACGAGAGAGACUUUCUAGACGAAGAGGAUAAAGACUCCGGUUUUAUUGACAGCCACUCGAUAGAUAAUUCCUCUGACGACGAUAUGGACGUCAGACUAACGCCUGUUGUUGCCAUCUCUAGUACAAACAACAAUAAUAUUGUCGACUCCUGCUCUAGCGACCUAAGUGAAGUUCAAAUCUAUUGUACCCUUCAAACUUCCACCCGGACUCCUUGCGUGUCGUCAGACACUCAGGAAACUUCGGACUCCACCACUCGAUCUAGCAUCGAAAAUCCGGCCGUUGCGUCGACCGUAUCCAAUUCUGCAACCAUCUUGCCGUCUUGUUCCUCUGCCUUCUACGCCUACUCUUCUCUGUCCAGCAAUUUUGUGCCCUCCAGCAGUCCCAUUGGCAGUGUUGACCGUUCCUCGCAUCACUCUUCGUUCAAUCAGUCCUCCUGUAGCAGCUCUCCAGUUGCUGAAGUUCAUGAUACACCUGCCAACAAUCAAUGUGCAUCAAAUGUUGAAUCUUCUAUCGCACAAUCUUCUUCACAAAAUAGCAUUGUUAGUAGUAGCAAUUCAACAUCUGUUAGUAUUUCUGAAGUAUUGUCAACGUCUAUUGCUUUGUCUGUUGAUGUUAUGAGUAGUGCCGCUCUCCCUUCUUUAAAUUGUUGUGGCAUCGUUGACUCGGCUUCUGAUAAUCUAGUACAAAGUAUAUCGGCUGUAAGUGUUACGAAUUCUCCGACACUGCCCUCAUUGUUGCAUCGCGACUACCAUCCUUCGUCUGCAGACUUGAGCAACAACAUGUCGACCAUCGCAUCUGCCAAUGCGGACACGAUCGUGACCAGUGCCUACUCGGGCACCGUGUCUUCUCCACUCUACGAUCCGCACGCGUACCAGCUCUACUCUGCGGAGGUCUCCCCGAGAACCUCGUCUGCCGCCAUGCAGAAUGGAUCAUGGAGCUGUAACUUCUACGACGGCAAUCAACCAACGAUGACAAACAAGUACAUGGAGAUUCAAACGAGUAAGAUUGGAGGAGUAUGUGCCACUCCGCCACCUUCUCCGAGUCAAGCCAUUCAGUGUGAUGCAAACGGCAAGUCAUACAUGGAUCUCGGUAGUGCUUCUCCAUUCACCCAAACAUACUCGGCAGAUUGUGGCAAUUAUACCACGUCUCCUUCGAGCAACUUCUCUGGGGUCAUUUAUAACAAUCAGACUUGUUCUAAUUCGAACAACUACAGUCAACAGCAGCAAGCACCUCAGCAAACUCCUAACAAUCAAUUUUAUCGGCCAGGUUACUCACAGUUUGGAGGCUUUCCUUCUGGAGAAGGCUGUUCAAAUAACUAUGAUGGAGACGUUGGCUGUUCCUAUGGUUAUCCUCCAAACUAUCCGCCAUCCCGACCACUAAAGAUGAUGCCUCCUCGAUGUGCUUCUCCUUUUUGUGACCCAUCAAAACCUUCAUCAAUGCGCUCACCAUGCUACCAGCAGCAACGAUUAGCUGUUCUCAACAUGUCCAUGUGCAAACUAAACCGAUUUAGUCGUUGUUCUGAUCCGCGUCUGCACAAGUCAGUGCUCAUUUGUAACACGCUCAGACUCAUUGAAAAGGAGUUCGAAUCGGAAGGUACCAGCAUGAAUGCCAUCCUGCUGAGUCAGCAACAUAUGAUGCACGCUGGCCUGCCACCACACUGUCCACCUCCACCACCUACGCCUCCUCCAAUGGCCAUGUCGGGAGGAUCAUCAGAAGGGCCUCUUCCUUCAAUGCAUCCACCUAUCAUCAGCUCCCCGAUGCCGGGGCCAUGCACCCCUCCACCCGUCUUGCCCCCUCCUAUAAUGCCACCUUAUAAUGGCUCUUCAAUUCCCUACCGGGGACCUUUGUAUCCUGAUGGAGCCUACGAAGACCUGCGGGGAUAUUCCCCGUUGCUGGAAUGUGAACCUUUACCAGCAUCUGAUAAUCCGACCACACUGCAUAACUUGAGGCCGAGCUCUUCAGCGGUAUUGGAGCAAUCUUCAUUGUCAGUUUUAAGCAACGUUGGUGGUAUAUUACCGUGCAAUAACAAUAAUAAUAAUAAUAAUAAUUCUGGUAACCUUAGUAGUAAUAAUUUUACCAGUAGCAACGAGACGAGUUGCAGUAGUAGCAUUAGUAGCCAAAGCAGCACAGAAGACCGAGCUGAGGGUGCUAUCAAUUGGUGCUCUGUUUUGAGUUUACCUUCGCAAUCUGAUCUGGACUCCCUUAACAGCUCUGACUUUUGCGAGUGGGGCAGCGAAAAUAGCAUGGAGAUAGAAUACAGUACUAACAGUAGCAGCAGUUGCAACAGCAGUCCUGCCAGGAGCAGUACCAGCGCAAGCUCGACAACCACCAGCGGUCUCACCGAAGUUUCUUCAGCAUCUCAGUAUAAACUUGAUCUACCAUCUUUAAGUGCGGACGAUGUCUUAAAAUCUUUUCCCGAUCAGCCUAGGAGAAUAGAACCUUCUGAUGAAUUAGAUAACCUAAUUGAUGUAUUGGUUGAAUCCUAGCAUAGAUCAGCCCCCUAGCAAUAGUAGUGUAAGCCGUACCAAUGGUGAAGGCGAGGCUGUGAACUAGGCAAUCAUUUGUUCUGUACAAUACGUUAAAUUCCUCCUUGUCUGUAAUCAUUUAAAGUACAAACCGAAUUAUGAUCUCUUUUGAAUAGGCAAUACUGUAGAAUGUUUUUUCUACAACUGCUCGUUCUAGAGAACGUAGGAGAUUGGCUGUGGAGUAAACUCUGCUCACGGCGCGUUUUUGCUAUACUCGGCGGUGUAUGAACGUGUUCACGAUUGUUCAUCCGCUUUCCCAUUGAACGUUAUUGUUUUAAAAUCAUGCUGUAUACAUUGUUACUUCAUUGUCGGGCUCAAAUCAGAUGAUAAAAUUCUAAUUAAUGACACUUUUAAUGUGCAUUACUUCAAAAAUCUUCUUCAGUCGUCGGUUUUUGCAAUGCUCAAUUUUUCGAGACGAUGCUCGUUAUUGCGUCAGAAAGACACCUGAGUGCGCUCCAUGAACGAGCCGAAUAUUUGCUAUUUUAUUUAUGUGUAACAAUAGUGAUGUCCUACGUCGAGGUUGGUCGCCAUAGCUGCUGGUGCUGUUACUACUGCUACGACAAAUGCUGCUACGGUUGUUCUGUUACUUAUGUCUUUUCCCAUGCAUUUUGCCAUCAAUGCAUGGCUGACAUAGAUGAAUUAUUGGUAAAAUGAAAAAUUUCCACAAUUCAGUGUGCAACAGUUAUUUUAUUCGUCGUCAAAUGUUUAACGAGACUCUCUUUAUUGUACUUAACACAAUUUUAGUGAAGAAACUCUUGCUGUUCUCAGUUGUGAUCGUUGAUGAAAUUGUGUUGUGGCGUUACUGGCGCCACAUUGGGUUUUUCAAGUUAAUAUUCAACCUUUCUAUUUAACAGAUAUUUUGCAAGUCCCAACUUAUUUAAUUUCUUUCAUUUACUUAACAUGAAUUGAUCUCUACGCAAACCCAGUCAUGGACUGAAAUUUCGAAAUGAAAACAAAAUGAAAAUUAAAUUAUGAGUUAAUUUUAAAACAAUUGACAAUUUUUUAACAAAACGUGACAAUCUCAUUUGUGAGUAGAUUUAAUUUAUCCAAGGUGACGUUUCUCAUUGUUUUAUUGCAUCAUAACGUUGACGAUUUGAAGAGUUGUAGCUGCCCAUACUUGCUCACGUGGUGCCGUUUCUGAUGUGGAUGCAGCUGCGGAAUAUCUUGCUAACGAAACUAUCCGGAUUAUCUGUGUGAAUUAUGCGUGUCUUGGUUCAGGCCAUAAUAUUGUUAGUAAUUGAUACAAUGUGUACCCAACGCCCUUUGAUGGCUCGAAGAACGUGCUGGUUGACGGCACAUUUCGAGCCGCCAAAGCGGUGAACGGAAGAUGUUACGUGCCUGUAGGUGACGUUAUUACUGCGUUGAUGAGUGGACGCCAACCCAUAUGUAUUGUCUCCUGAGUGUAGAGGCGCAUUAUCUUGAUAGUCGUUCAGUGAUGCUGCCUGCAGUAACAUCGUUGUAGUUGGUGUUGUGUUGAUCAUCUUAGGAAAUCCCUCCCUUUUCAUGCGGCCGUCAUGGCCGCUCUACAGCACUUUGGACCAAUUUAUACAAUAAGCUAAGAUUUAAAUGUUUUCACGUUUGGAGUUAUGAAUAAUUAACCUAAAUGAUAAUAAUCUGCCUUACCGUUACAAGCGAUGUCCAAAUUUUUCUGUACCUACUAAUGCAGUGGUGAUCUAAAUUUACGUGCUGGAGACAGAAAGAUGGUUACGUAGUGAAAUGUGAUCAAGAAAACUGCCAUUUUUGUCCAGUCAUUGCUGGGAUGAUGCCGUAUUGGUCACUGCUUUCGAGUGUCUGUUUGUUAAUUGAACGCAAUGAAGGCUGUGAGUACGAACAACUAUUCUGUUCCACAAGUAAAUUUAGGUCUAUUUCGGCUUAGUAAUUGAUCCCCAAGAAGGUCUUUUGUAGGUCAAAAAGGGUUUUAACCCUUUCGCGGGCAAGCAUAGAAAUGUGCAGAAAUUUGAAAUUCUUAAGAAGCGACUAUGAGAAAGUAUGGAUAAUUACAAGAUAAUUUUACAUCUGUGGAUUUUUCAAAUUAUGUAUGAUAUUGGAGUAAAUCGCAGCUGCAAAUUCUAUGAAAAGCGGUCACAACACUAAAAGAAUUGGAUUUUUUCAAUUUAUGGAUUCAAAUGCAAAGGGAAACUAUCGAGCUGCAAUUUGAUUUAAUUUUCUCGAGCUACUUUAAUUAGAUUGAUAUUUUUUUAUAUUUUGCGGUUAUAGCGUCAAUUUUAUGGUCAACGUCGAAACUUCCAUUUAAAUGCUCAUAUGUCAAUUCCUGGGCAUGGCAUGGGGUGAAGCUACGUAUGGAUGGAUGAUUGGAGAUUGGCAGAGACGUGAUCACGUAGCCUCAAACAAAAACCUGGGAACAAGCUGGGCUCUUUUGGAAGUAGAUGUUAUGUGAUUAUAUUUGUUAACUUGCCCGCUAAAGGUUAAUCGGGUUUCAAAAUAUUCUGUUGAUUACGUGUGCGAUUAAAAUAUUUAACUCGUUUGAGUUAAUGUAGAAGGGUUGAUGAUAACAAACUUGAACCUACAUGAUUAUUCUUGCAUGCAGGUAGGAAAAAAAUGUUAUCGAGAAUUAACUGUUGCAUCAUGUUCCCUCCACGAAAGUUAUAUCUGUUACACGUCAUCUGGUACGCGGAGCUCCGUUUGAUAGGCGAACGAUGAGGUUGUGAGGAGUACGUACAAGGCGUCGGUGUGAUUUUAGCUUUACAUUCAUAAUAUAUAAUGUUGUUCGUGUCUCUGUUGUUUUAUGAACUUCGGUGCAGGUUCUCGUUGUGACAAUUAUUGCCAGAAUGUCUUGUGUGUUUGUCUGUUUUGAUGUCUACGUCUGAUCUCGAAGGUAAUGAGUUUAACGUAAUUUAAAUUAAAGCGAGAGCUGGCCGAUUUCUUGGAGGGAACCUAUUUGGAACAUUCUAUUGUGUCGUAUUGUUGUAUUUCUAUAAAAUUCUCAUAAAUGUUUCAUUCUUGAUUCAAGCCGCCUCUGUCGCUUCCAUAACUUGCGAAUGCAAGUUACGAAUAAUUAUAUUGAAGCCAAAAAUUAACUUGGCAUGGAACGAAGCUAGAGGCUCAAGUUGAGGUAUGGAGCGGCGGGGGUGAGUGGGUGAGGCGGAAGUGUAGGUGAUGGGCGUGAGAGCUCAGGGCGGGUCGAUUAAAACAGCCGCGCCAGGCAUUAGCUGCGGCGCUGCUGAUGCUCUGCAUUUGUUGCACAAUGAACGUUGUUGCAGGGCUACCUGAAUGCUGCGCUCUGGAAACGCUGCAAGUUCUCCGCGUGGCCGAAUACUGUAACUGCAGCGUCAGUGUCCAGUGCUCUGUGCGCCAUUGCACAACUGCCUGGGCUGCUCCGUGCUCAGCCUGCUGGAGUUAGGUGUACUGUGCACUGCCUUGCACAAGCUUCCCUGGCUACCGCUCUCAAGACGUGCCGUGUUCCAUGUAUUUGUAGUGCCCUUUCUUUUAUUCGUCAAAAAAUAAGCAGUUUUACGGUUGCCAUAUUUUAUAUAGAGAAUAUUUCGAGUAACAUGUCACGGACUCUUAAUGAUUCAACUUGAUAUAGUCUUGAAAUCGUGUUUAAUGUACCGUUGAUAAACAUGUUUGAGAUGUUUAGCGUGACGUCUAGCGGAAUGAUUUGUUGUCAUUUAUAUACCCUAGCACAAAUUUUGCCAGUUGUCUGAUAGCCCUAAAUUGACUUUAAUGUUUGGAGCUCUUCGAGUGCAUUUCUUUAGUGCAGCGUUCAACUGCGAUGCUCAAAAUAUGAUCGAUUUAUUGGUUGUUGAUGAAUUUUACCGUCUAUGUUUGUGCUCAAAUAUUGUUGUAAGUCGUAGCAUGGAUUUCGGUUUGAAUUAUUUAUACAUGAAAUAUUUGCAGUAGAAGUGGUACAAUUGAGUUUUUGUUUUUUGCAUUUUCUCUACAACUUUAGCCUGUCGAAGUUACAGCAUAUGAGGCAAUUUAGAGUUCAGUUGGUACUUAAAUCUUGGUACUAGUCAUGUGUACCAUAUUCGGUGGCCAGCGGCACCGCAAGUCUUCAUUUCAGCAUCACAAGAAUUAGACACGAUAUGUGAAUCCAGUGUUAUUGAUCGAAUCGGUUUCUUUUUGCUGACGACUAGUUUCUCCUAAUGCGCAUUAGUUGCCUAAUUUUCUUUGAAAUUGUAACGCCGAUAAAUGCAUUCCUAUUUUUAGAAAUGGUUUGUUCAGUUUAUCAAAGACUAUAUUUGCUAUGUAAAGCUCAUAAGCCGUGCUGCUGACCUGCUGCUCAAAUGGUAUUGAAGAUACGGGCCUGGGAGCCUGUGUAGCGCUUCGAGCCCAUAGCGUCUUUAGCUUUGUAACGAGAAAAAGAUAUAUAUGGCGUGUACAUAUAUUUCGGAAUAAGAGAGAAACUAUUUGCGGUAUUGUAAAUAAAGUGUAAAAUAUUGUCGACGAGCAGCAAUAAAGGAAUAUUCUAUGUAUCUUGAAA